GGAGGAGGGUGGAUGAGGAUGAUGAUGAGGGUGGAUGGAGGAGGGAGUGAGGAUGGAUGGAGGCUGCUCUUACGUAACACGCCGCCUCCACCCGCCCCUUCCCAUUGGCUGCCGAUGAUGUCACCGGGCCGUGCUGGAGGAGGAUUCAACGGAGCGCCGCCACCACCGCCGUCACCGCCGCCUUUUAAUAAUAAACAUCGUGGGGGUCACCGGGGGGGGGGGCUCCUCUCUCUGCCAGGAGGGCUGCCCUGUGGCGGCCUUGCCCUUCGACUACCCAGAGGCCUGCUGCUGCUCCUCCUCCUCCGCUGCUGCUGGUGGUGCUGUUGGUGGUGCUGGUGGCGAGGCUCCACCGACGCCCUCGCAUGCCUCCCGCGCUGCUCCUCCGCAAGUCCAUGCCCACUCCUCCCGCACAGCCCCACCACCCAGCACAGCCACCCGAGCUUUCGCACCCCUGCUGGCCAGUGUACCUUACGCCGACGCCGCCGUCGCCGUCGCCUCCACACCCGGCCAGCACCCGACUGACGAGCGCCAUGCCCAGCAGCGACACUCGCUUGCCUCCCAACGCCAGCACCACUGUAGCAGUGUCUGGAGCGACGUCAAAAUCCUCCAAGUCGGCCAAAUCGAAAUUGGCCAAAUCGUCCAAGUCGUCAAAAGCACCGGCGGCGGCAGCAGCAGCAGCAGCCAACGCCGAGAAGACGAGGGAGGAGAGAGUUGGCGGCCCCGCCGGUGUCGCAGCAGCUGCCGCUGCAGCUACCGGUGCUGGUGGUGGAGGUGGCAUCGCUACGAGUGGCGGUGUCGGCGGCAGCGGUGUCGGCGGCGCGGCAUGCGACUACGUCCCGAUCUGGCCGCACGAGCUGGCAGAGCGCCUGCGCUGCUCCGAGCCCCCGCCUCCCAUGCUGCUCGACUGCCGCCCGUUCGGCGAGUACACGCGCUCGCACAUCCGCGGGGCGCUGCACGUCAACUGCUCCGACCGCCUCUCCCGCCGGCGCCUGGCGCAGGGCAAGCUGCGCGUCACCCAGCUCGUGUGUCCCGCUGCCGCGGGGACGGCGGACGGUCCGGCUGGCGCCACGGGGGACGCGGCGGGAGGAUCGGCGCAGGCUUCGGCGACGUCGGCGCCGGCGGCGGCGGCGGCGGCGGUGGCGGCGGCGGGGCCGCCCCGCCGGGACAUGGUGCUCUACGACGGCAGCUCGGGAGACCCCGCAGCGGCACUCAAGCUGGUGCUGGAGAGCCUGCGGAGGGAGGGGGCCGACCCGCUUGUGCUUAGAGGCGGGCUGAGCGACUUCCGGGCGCUGCACGAAUCUCUCUGCGAACACCAUGGGGUGGAAGACGUCUCCGAGGCGACGUCGCCAUUUGACGCCCACGUCAACGGUCGAGCCGGCGCACUCCUCCGCUCAUCCGCACCGCUGGACGAGCGUAGCGGCGCCACCUCCUCUACCGCCACCACCGCGCGGAGCCAGGGGUUUCUGGCGGCGGCCGGAGCCGUCGGCGGCGAAGUUUCGCAGGAGAGCAGCGACGUGUCCCGACUCCUGCCGUACCUGUUCGUGGGCGGGGAGCGGGCGGCGCGCGACCUCCCGACCCUGCGCCGCCUCAACGUGGGGCUGGUGCUCAACGUGACGGCGCACGUGCCGCACUACCACGCGGGCGCCGGCAGCAUCGCGUACCGCCGCCUGCCGGCGAGCGACACGCACGGCCAGGACCUGCGCCAAUACUUCCGUCCGGCCUUCUUGCUCAUAGAGGAGGCGCGCCGCUGCGGCUGCAGCGUGCUGCUGCACUGCCAGGCGGGAGUGUCGCGCUCGCCGACCGUCGCCAUCGCCUACGUGAUGCGCAUCCGCGGGCUGGGCGCGUCGGACGCCUACGCCUUCGUGCGCGCCCGGCGAGCCGCCGUCGCGCCCAACCUCAGCUUCAUGGGGCAGCUGCUGCUGUACGAGCGCGAGCUGGCGGCCGAGAGGUCCGCGGUGGUCUCCUCGCCGGCGCAGCGCGCGCUGCCCUGAGCCGAACGCCGGCGCGCCAAGCCCUGCCGGGAUCGCGCGCUCGCGAGGUCGCGCCGUGUUAGCCUCCGAUUGGCACGGUCGGCUAUGCGCGGUGCGAAAGGAGUUCAACGUCCGUGUACCUGCGUACGUGUAAGCCAGGGGUGCCGAACUUCACGGCAGCCCGGGGAAAGUGGGGGUUGCCACCUCCUCAAGGUACCAAACGACUGGGACAUACCCCGAGAGGCGGAAUAUCUCACAAUACCAGAUGUGGGGAGGUCCACACGUAAACACAUCGUCUUGGGUGGUGUAUUAUUAUGCAGCUUGCAACAAAGAGGACGGUUUUAAUGCCCUGGGAAGGCUUGAUAGAUUUCCCAGGAUAGCUAUCUGAGAGGAUGUUUCUGGGUAAACUGGGAGAGGUGGCAACCCGCACAGGGAAGUAGUCAGUUGGCCAAGGGGGUUGAUAACUGCGUCGGAGCAGUGACUGGCAAUGCUGAGAUCUUGGGUUCCACCGUGAGUUUCAGCCGACCUAUAAUUAAACCAGGUUCUCACGUCUCAACCCGGUUACCAGUGACUACACAAACAAACCCAUUGUCGAAUUGGGUUUUUUUUAAUUAGCGUGGUCUAUAUUACAGCUCUUGCGGAUUAAGUGUAAUUAGUAGAGUCAGGCAAACGAGCAGCAACGGGCCUAACUCUGCUGGUGAGACUCGGCAUCUUGAAGCCUGUCCAGAGUUUGCCUGCAUAGACAAAUACUGCUGGAAAACUCUGGUACAUGAACCCCGAUAGGCCGAUGGACUAAAAUCUAAUAUAAUUAUUCCGUCAUGCAGAAGAGCCACGUCUGAUCGUUUUUUAACAUAAUACCCACAAUCCUUUGCAAUGCAUUAGUGAGUUGCGUGGCCUCUACAAGCUCGUAGAUCAGUGGUGGGCAACCUGCAUCCUGUGGAGCUCCUCACGGUGGCCUGAUCUCAGUGUGUCUCUCGGGCUAUGCGUGGGGUCAUGAUUAGUGCACAACCACGAUGUCAAGCUUGUGGCCCACUGAGGUGAAGGAGGGGCCGCUCACGUGGACCACUGGCUAUAGUC